UAACCGCUUUGAUUCCUAAGCAUAGUUUCUUUUCCCCAAUUCGCGUAGCCUGUUUAGCGGAAUCCCUGUAAGUUUUGGUUGAUCGCCGGCGAGUCUUUUCGCAAAUCUUUCUAAACGAUCCUUUGGCGACUCUUCCUUUUGUGGCGUGGACUGACGCGAGAGUUAGCGUGCGGUAUAACCUAACAGAAGUCGGAGUUUGCCCACGCGAAACAAUGACAAUGAACGAGGAUUUUAACUUCUCCGAGCUAUGCAGGCUCUGCUCCCUGAAAAGCAAUCAUCACCUGCAGAUAUUCGAUAAGGAGGGCGAACAGAGGCAAUUACUAUUCAAAAUACGUUCCUGCAUCCCUGCUGUGAUAACCAAGGAGGAUGCAUUACCGAAAAAUAUUUGCCAAAGGUGUGUCUACAAGUUAGAUAUGUUUUACGAGUUUAGAGUGAGCUGCAUGACCACUGACACGGUACUGAAGAAUUACGCGGACAGCCUGAAACACCUCACGAGUUCCGUCACCAGUCAGGGAGGGGAGAAGGACAAGAUGUCUAGCGGGCAGCAGCAGCGAUCGGCGUACGCGGAGGCGCAUGCGGUAGCCCAUGCGGCGGUGCAACAACACAUGGCUCAACAAGCGGCCCAGGCAAGGUUGGCAGGUCCCGGUCCACCCACGGCACCUCAGCCUCCAAAUCCUACGUUUACGUUGCCGGACGAUGGCCUCGGAUACGACGACGGGGUUCGCGUCCUCCGAUCCAUCGGCACAUGGUCGCCGGAUUACUCGGCGGCGAUGCGCCCCGGCGGGGUCAUGCCCGCGUUUCCUAGCGCCGCGGACCAACAGUUCGGCAGCGGAAGAGGUCCCGGCGUGAACCAGCCGCUGCGCACCGCGAAUACCGUGGGAAUUCGACCUGGCUCGGUCUCUAAGGCGACCAACACCGGAGAGCCCACGACGAAGGCCUUCGCCUGCACGGUUUGUGGAAAGGGACUUGCCCGCAAGGACAAGCUCGUCAUUCACAUGCGCAUACACACGGGCGAAAAGCCCUACUCCUGCGAAGUCUGUGGCAAAGCGUUUGCUCGGCGUGAUAAAUUGGUUAUACAUAUGAAUAAGCUCAGGCACAGGCCCGGGGUGACCCCGCUCUCCACACCUAGCGCGCCGAGCACCGACCAGCAGCAGCAACAGCAGCAGCAGCAGCAGCAACAACAGCAGCAGCAACAAUCGAGGCAGGAUACCCUGCAGAAACCAAAAGAGGAGCCGGUUAGUUGGGCUUGCGAGCUCUGCGGGCGAGCACUGUCGACGAGGGAGGAGUGGAUGCAGCAUGCGAGAUCCCAUUUAGAGGCAUCGGCGCCACCGCAGCAUGCGGCCGCUUAUUUCCCUGGAUCCACGGCACCGCCCCAGCCCUACGCCUCGGAGAGGCACUUCUGCCUGAUGUGCCGCACCGACUUCACGGAUAAGGCUGAGUUCAUGUUCCAUGUUCGUUCGCAUUUCGAGCCCCAUGCUCAACAGACGACAUCGCAGCACUCGAGCUCGAAGCAGGAUCCCGCCACGGCGGAACUCAUUGCCCGCGGUACAACUUCUCGACUCUAACCGCGGACUCUAUCGUCCCCGGAGGGAAAGGAGGCAGGACGAUGGAUAGCACUUGGACGCGACAAUUCCGAUUUGGUUAUCGCCGUAAAUGAGGGGAUCCUGCCGCUGGUGGAUUUCUUUUUUUUUUUCUUUUUAGAGAUUCCGAAGCGACGCUAGGCCCCGUCUAAUCGUUAAUGCCGAAUGUCGCUGUCGUCCAAGCCUUCCUUUUUCCGGCGGGGUUACGUUACGUGGGUAUACGUAUUGGUGAUCGUAAUGUCAUGUCGACUUAUCGGCAGAGGGUACGCAGCGAUACGACAAUCUGUUUGCUCUCUUACUUUGCAUGUAAUAAAUCACUGUAACCCCGUGUACAGUUUUUUGUUUUUUUUUUGUUUUUGUUUAAUGCAAUAUGCUCGCAUGGUCAAGUUGACCGGUUUUUUUGUUCAUGCGUCUACGACAUGUGAAUGAGACGAAUCGUCUACCGUGUAUACGACUCGUCGGAUUAUGCGUGAAAGGUAAGCGGGCGUGUAUCGAAAACUUACCGAUUGUCAGAACUUGUCGCAUAUUAAGUCACAAUAGUUAGACAGAUAUGCAACUUAACGGUGGAGAAAUACGUUUAGAUUGCUAUACGUAACCUGGCUCUUGCGUGCGUAUCGGCGUCGGUGCGUAUCCUUUGUUCGUUCAAUAAGUCCUCUCACCUUGGAACAAUGUUAGAUACCGCCGUGAUAUUGUAAAACAUACAGAGUUAUCGCGUCUGUAUCUAAUCAUCCGUUAGCGUAAGUUCCUACAUAACCAGCUUCCCAAGCCGUAUUGGCUAUCAGUGUACAGGUUUGUUCACAAUGCUGCUCUACCACUCUCUUGCUACGGUCUGUAGAACAUCUUCAGAGAACAGCUCAUUGCGACGUUUUAAUUCGAAUUUAGUCGUCUUACUUUAAGAUUCCUCAGCCGAUUAAGGACUUUAACUAGCUUGACGCGGGGCGCAACGAGUUAUACGUGAAUUUUUGACACGAUGGCGUCGACGCCGCCGACUAGACUGCGCUAAAGGUACUGUAACUCGUUCAAGGCUCGUGUUUAUCCCUGUUUUUUAUUCGAAAUUACCGUUCGUUCAUCAUGCAAGCGAUAAAUUGUCAAUGUUUACGGUGCUGAUUUCAGUCCAAUAUCCGAUCGAUCGAUAUUGGACCGUAUCAAUCAAUAGCACUCUUGAAGCCAUUUAAGGUACCUGAAACAUCGAGAUGUGCUUAACCCGGGAAAGAGUAACGUAAGCGCACGUCAUCUCGAGCUCGUAUCACUCAAUUGACGCAGACUAUAGGACACCGCUGGGGGCGUUUAUUUUUCUAGCAAUACUCGAGAAACGCCCGAAACGGUGGGAACGAUUAAGAAUUGCAUUGCGAACAAACUAUAUCUUCCUGUAACAUGCGUAGAUCGUGCUUAUACAAUGCUUACUCCCUCUUGUCACCUUAGGCUAGGAUUCUGAAUAACAUUAGACCGUGCUAAGAAGUUUGAAUUGCCGUGCCUCCUGUCUCACGUACAAUUUUUGUCCCGGGCUUCAGUUCUGAACGAGCUAUAGCUCGAUGGAAAACCGACUGACAGUUCGGCGCAUCUCAAUGGCUACUAAAGAUUUUCUUACAUAGGUUAAUUGAAUGUUCACGCGCAACAUGAGUUUGCCUCGAGCGAGGUCGCGCUACGAAGAGUUACGCAGGAUUCCUGAUCCUUGUUACGCCUUCGGUCCGUAUCUUAGAUUGUGCGAAUUUCGGUGUCUCUACGUGUGAUCGGCACGUAACGUGCACCGGUAGAUUUAUAAGGUUGACGCCACCUUGGUAUUUCGCGUUCCACGUUAGUUCAUCACAGAACGGAUUUUGAAACGACAAAUAGUUCCAUCUCCGUUUUACUUAUUUAUUUUUACGCGAGAGCGUGCUUUCGUCGUUGCCUACCGAUGGGUAGGCGACAUGUGAUUUUUUGUAAUCAGUUUUAAUUAAUGCAUUAGAAGAAAAUCGGCUCGUAGCAAAAGCAGGAUAAUUGUAGAUGACGAAGGUGGGACUCGAUGAGCAUCCUGGCUAGUAUACCAAGCGUUGGUACACCAAAUGUUAGCACUCCUAAACGUCUCAACACGUGAUUUAGUUUCUUCUCUCGAAAUCGUACUUCCUUUGCACUUUGUCUGCACGCUCGUGACGCCGUUUCCUUGUCCGGAGGACGAAGGCGCGUUAAACUCUAAGACUGCGUUUACGAGUUAAUGUAUAAAUUUCUGGCAGAACUCAGCGAGGAAGUGACUCGAGGGGGACGAGUUCGACCAGUGUCACCGAUCAUGUACGAUGACUCGAGCGAAGGUGCACCGCUCGUCAACCGGAAGAGAAGUUCUAGUGUAUAGAAAGUGCAAUCAAAUUUUAAUCACGUGGAUUUUCGGAUGUACAUAGUACGACUGAUUACCUCAAUUACCUCGACCUCGUCGGUAACUCGAGCAGCCCAACGGCAUGUUACUCGUAUGAUACUUUUGGAGACUUUUGGCCGAGGAUCUGGCAUGAAGGGAAAUCUAAACGAUCUUCUGUUCUCACGCCAAUAAUCAACUGGACGGCAACGAUCCGUUCGUCUCUUAAGACUCGAUGCUGCAUUUGCUUCUUUUCUUCCGUUCGAUCUUCGACAUUGAUUAAUAGACUGCGCAAACGGCAGACGCACUUGUCUCUGGAUCUCGUCACCAAACGUUGCGAAAACGUUUGGGCCCUUGUACUCGACAAACGCAUAUAGUGCCUUCUCUCUGGGAUUUAAUCGACUUUAGUUACAUAAGUUCAAGGUACAUACGUGUUGGGAGGCACGUUGGCAUGAGACACGUAUAAAUAAGUUAGGAUAGGAAGUUCCGGUAUCGUUUCUCUUUCGUUGUCAGGUGUGAAUAUUCGAUGCCACUGCCUCUAGCAGCUGUUUUUCAACUACUUUUAUACCGUUGAUGUCACAUGCAGCUAACCAGAGUCAGUAUAUUACUGCCGUAAUCAUAAUACACUAUGUAUACUCACUAUACCUUUAUAAAUAAACAGUAAAAUUGUA